CGCACUUCCGUUUUCCGGCUUCUCCUCAGAGCCAGGGCGGGAGCGGGGCAGCCGGGGCUACGUCCGCGAUAACCGGCCCUCGGCGCUUCUCUUCUGUGCGGGCCUGAGAGCACCGAGGGGAGGUGACGCCGCCGGCUGUCCGUUCCCUUGCCCGAGUGACAGCGCUUCAGCGCGGCCUUUGGGGCCGGGAGACGGAGGCUGUUUAGUCACGGAGCGCUAAAACCGGUAAGAACGGUGAUACCUCGGGUUUUCUGGGUGUUGAGCAAAGCUUAAAGCGCCCAGGCCGAGUGACGGGGGUGGGGGGAAGCCCUGUGGGGUCUGUUUUCAAUUACUUUAUUUUUAAACUUCUGUGAUAUGCUGUUUUAUUUCUAUUUUACUUAAAAUUCUAAAGAUCUUUGUUGUUAUUCAGGACAUAGAAAUAUAUAGUAACACAGAAUUCCAAAACCAAAUUGAAACUUAUCUUGUUUAAAAUUCUUUCAACUAUAAAAUUCAAGUACGCCACUAAGAAAUCAGUGAAUUUACAGGCGGUUCCCCCAGGUAUAUUCAGCAUCGGUGAGUACAAAAUCCAACUUCUGGAAGAGUAAUUUAACUGCUAUUAUAACAUAUUUAAUUUGCAACUACCACAAUUGUUGAAAGCAAUGUUGGGGAUGGCCCUCUCAGAUUAUGUUAAGUAAUGUACAAUUAUCCUUAUAGAUAAUAUCCAUAUAGCCCGCGGCCUCGGGGCUGCGCUGGGAGGAGGCGGCUGGUUCAGGGGUGGAAAUUGUGGUGUGAGAGCUGUUAACGACUCUUCCUGAGUGUUUUGUGUUUUCUGUUUUUCCUCAGGGAGGGUUUGGGGCAGCGGGCUCGCUAGAGGGCACCAGGCACCCAUGGAAGCAGCGGCGGGACCUCGGGGCUGUUGGAAGGCGCCGCUGCUGGUGGGGAGCAGCUGGAACGCCCUGUGGUUCCCGCGCUGGGUGAUGCUGUGAGCACAUGAAUAGUGUGAGAGGACUCUUGGCUGCCUCUGUAAUUUCCAUCCAGAACUCCUGCUUCAUCUAUCCUGCCUGUCAAAAAUGCUUUUCUCGGCUGAUACUGGAUUCCAGGAGGUUUAAGUGUCUAAAAUGCGGCUGCACAGGUGAAGCUAAAGAUGCAAGCUACAGAUAUAGAUUGUCUCUAAAGAUUGCUGACACCAAUGAUUUGUUUGACAUUGUCGUGUUUGGAAGUUGCUUAGAUCCGUUCUUUGGGGUCACCGCAGAAAAUCUGCAGAGGUGUAUUCAAGACUUCAAUCAGCAGUCAGGAGAAACAAACACAGAAGUAUCUCCAGGAGCAUUAGUUCAAGCAGUGGAAGCCUGUUUCAUUGGGAAAAGAUUUAUAUUUGGACUGAAGGGUUGUGCAAGGGAAGAUGGAGGGCGUUCUGCUGCCAGCAGCAUCUUGCAAAACUGUUCCAGAAUUAAUAGAAGUGCGAAAAACCUUACAGCUUGCCAGAUCUUCCUGCCAAACACUGCUGUUGCUGGCUUUACUGUUAUCAGCUACUUCCAUCGGCUCCUGCAGUCGGCAAAAUUCAGGAGCUGUAAUAACAGCUCAUACUCACCUGAUGCAUCUUCAGCUCCAAUAGAUGAACCUGUCAGUGAGCUCAGCAGCUUGUCCAGCCUGAGCAGAAACUCCUGUUCUGUGAAGUCGAGUGGCAGAGAAAGUUUUUUAGGCUCCUGGCAGCGAUCCUUCAGCCUGACUUCAUCUGUUGCUUGGGUAACAGCAGAAGACUUUCCCACUCUGGAAGUGGGAAAGCUGGUGAGUGAACAGCAUGAACAAGAGGGGAGGCCUCUCGCUUCAGAACCGCGCAGUGUAAGCCCCAACAAUCGAACUCUUUGGGAUUUGCAGUUUUGCAGCUCUUCUGCGAAGGAAGGGAAUAAAGAGGAGGGUAAUGAAUUUAGUUCACAGCCUGGAUGGCCUGACAGUAUCUCUGUAACUGAUAAAUUAGAGAGAAUCUCUUCUGCAAAACCUGAGUGUUCACAUGGAAACAGUUCCAGGUUGUUACAACAUCCCUUGGAAUUUGGGGUAAAAAGCAUUUACACAAAGACUAAUAGUGGAGAUUAUUCUUACCCAGAGAAAUCCCAUUACUCCCUUUUUCACAAGAGAGAUGCCUCAGCGUCUAAUCACGUAAAUGUAGCUGAAGUGUCUCAGACAGACUCUGUGCUUUGGGAUGAGCUCCCAUUCUCAGAAAGCCUAAAUGAAUUUUUAGCCAGAAUAGAAGAUGGCAAGAGCGUUGUAACCUCACCCAGCCUUGAUGCAGGCAAACGUGUUCCUCGUGAAAGUAGCAAGCUGGGUGUAAAUCUUAACAAAUUAGAUCCCAGGCAGACCCUAGUAGCUGAUGAUUUGCCUGAAGCAAGUGUCUCAGGGGAGUUCUUGCCACCAGCAAGGAAUGAUAGUUGGGAGAACGUAUCGUUUGCUUGUCUUUGGUCGAAAACAAAUCCUCCAAGUGAUGAGGUGUCAGAGUAUGAGUUUUCCUGUAGUGUUUUGUCUUCAGCUGCCAAGGAAUGUGGGGCAACUUGUGUUAGACCUAACCCUCAUCUACCUGUUCUGUCACGGUCCUUGCAACUUACAUCAGAGCCUUUGGUUUCUGAGAGCAGAUGUGUGCAGCCCAAAGCAGCAAAUAUUGACAUUUCAAAGUCAGCUUGGUCUUUUCUUAGUCUGCAGCGUGCUGAUGAACAUGGAGAAGCCUCUUGUUUAGAAAGGAGCAAGGCGGGUGUCUGUGUGCGUUCUGCACAGCGCAGUUGUUCAGUUGGUGGUGAAAAUAAAGAGAAUUCUUUUUCUACACCAAACCAAAGAACAGAUCUUACACUCACAGGGGCGUGGGACUCUGAUCCAGCAGCUCCCAACAAUACAAGAAGGAUAUGUAAAAGAGAAUUAAAACUAUUGACAGACUUGUCAGAAAAUACCUUUGGAAGUGUGAAUAGGAGAGAGAUGUUGUGGAACAACAGCUUCCCUGAAGGCAGCUACAAUGCUUCCGCUGAUCUCUUUGAUCCAAGUGCAAGACAGGUAGCAAAACCUGUAGAAUUCUUAAAUAAAUCAUGUGAUUCUUUAAUGCAGGAAGAUGCUUUGACAGAAAAGGUCACAGCUCCCGAAUUGGUGCUUUAUCCUGGAGAUGUUCCCUGUACCCGUUCAAAACGGAGCUCAUACCUACAUCGGUCCCCUCCUGCUUUUUGUAAGCACAGUACACCAGUAACUUACUCCUUUUGCGAUUCAGAAUGCAGUUCAGUUAGUGCUCAAGACUUUGUUCCUUAUUCACAGUCAACUCCUAUGACAAAACCCCUCUGCAAACUGUGGCCUGUUGGGGACAGAAGCUCUUUUGUCACUGUCUUCACCCCUAAAAAUCCCACUAAAAUCCAUUCCAAAUGCAAGCGAUCCAGGUCUUCCUUUCAAAACACACUCUUGCAGCAGCUUACUGGCAGGUUAGUGAAACGUGAAAGGCCAAGUAACAGGGAAAACAAAGAAAUUAAUAGCUCUGUUUCACAGCGGUUCCUUUACAACUCUGAGGAGUGGGUCACUCCAUCUGCAAACAAAAGGUUGAAGCCGGCUGCAUCUUUAACCUUAAAAACAGGUAGCUGGGCUGCUGACUUGCCAUCGACCUGUGGGCAUACUGGCGGGAACCCUGUGUCUGAAAGCAAAGAGACCAGUGAAAAUGCUGUUUGCUCCAAAAAUGAGAGAUUCAACCUUGGGAAGGCAGCCAGGGCAUCAACAGCUCCUGUGUCUGCAGGUGUCACCGAGGCCUGGUGUUUAAACGAUACGGUCCUAGGAACUUGUUCCCCUUCAGAAGGCAAGAAUUGCCUCUCCAGUGCAAAUUCUUCACGGGGAAUAUUGGAAGGGGCAACUGGCUGGUCUCCUGAGUUGUUCUUCCGAGCACAGAGCCCUUUUUCCAAUAAACCGAAGUGCUAAAAAGAAAUAUAUUUCUGUGCUAUGUUCUGUUUCAUUAUUAUUAAGAUGUUUGAGAAGGAGACAGUUGAAGAAAAGAGCUAUUUAAAAACAAUUAAAUUCUUUAUGUACUUACCAGCAUAUGUCUUCCUAAGAUGAGUUGUGUUUAUUGGCAGAGCUUUGUACCACAGAGAUGAGAAAAAACAGAAUUUGCAGUUACUUUAUUUUAUCGUAAAUUAACUUGAGAAUGUGCAAUAAAAACUUUUGUAAAUGUG